CCCAUGUAGGUUAUCAUUUAAUUCAAGUGGAAUUUCAUGCUACAUUUCACCUCCUUGACAUACAAGAAACACCAGCUCAUUGGAACCAAUGAAGCUCCUUUGCGACGGGUACUUUUCACGGUCGGUGGUGCGUGACGCGGAUUUCGUCAUAAGUCACACAAUCCCGAGCAUAGCUGCUGGCAAAUAUGGGUUCGAGAAACGGCGGCAUUCAAAAAGGUGAUGCGGCUUUUAACAAAAGCAAGAAUGGCUCGUAGAACAACAUCCAAACGAAGGACACUCUCGGUGGCGUUGCUUGGACUAAUUGUACUUAAAUCAUCUUUAUAUGUUAUACAGUAUUACAAUGAGAGAUUCUACCGGGAAAGUAUCGCGGGGAAACCUGCCAUCGGGCGAAGAUCAACAAAUACAGGAUCAACAGAGAAUAUCAAAACAAUAUCAGCCCAGAUGCAAGAGUUAAACUUUACGGAUUUUCAAGAUCACCGCAGAAAAAUGCUUAUUUUGUAUUGGUCCGGUGUUAGAGGCCACAAAGUCCCUGUUCAGAAAACAGGAGUAAAUCACUCGCAUUUUUGGCCAUUUUUCUACGCAGGGGGGAAGGGCGAGUGCCCAGUGACAUGCGAGUUAUCUAGCGACCCGAAAAGGGCGAAAGAUGCGAGCGCUUUUGUCGUACACGCAAGGGAACCCGAUAUUUGGAAUCUACCGCCGUUAGAACAUCUCGCGCCUUGGAUCCUUCAGACGAACGAAAACCCCGUGUACACUCCCUCACUCACAGACGCCAAACUCAUGUCAAAGUUUAAUCUCUUGGUGGGCUAUCGACUGGAUUCAGAUUUCCCUGCGCCAAUUAACCCGAUGCCUGAUCUAAGCGCCCCUGUUCCGUUUGAUAAACGCCUUGGCGGAGUACUGGCGGUCUUUUCAAAGUGUGAGCCCGUGCGUACGGAAUACAUGCGUCAGCUUAUGCGCUACAUUCAGGUCGAUUCUUAUGGCGCUUGCCUCAGGAAUAAAGACGGGUUAAUCGGACUGUAUGGAAAAAGAGACAAUAAAUACGUUUUUAAGCAGCACAAGCUGAUUCUGUCUCGUUAUUACAAGUUCUCGUUAGUGUUCAUGAAUCAAGAUUGUGAUUAUUUCGUCGAUGAUAGAUUGUAUCAUUCUCUGACUUCCGGUUCCGUUCCCGUGUACAUGGGCUCUGACAAAGUCGACCAGUUCCUGCCAGGAAACUUGAAGAACUCCAUCAUCAAAGUUAGCGAUUUUAAAGGGCCUAAAGAGCUCGCCGAGUAUUUGAACUACCUCAUGACAAACGAGACUGCGUAUAAUAAAUAUUUGGAAUGGAAGUGGAAAGGACUCGGGGAAAUCCGGAAUACCACAAUAGGACAAUGGUGGUUACCCAGAUACCCGUUGUUCUGUCAGGUUUGUAUGGCGCUGGCCAAGGGUAAACUGCACUUCGGGCUCAAGGUGCAAACGUGCCGGCCGCGGACAUACGAGGACUGGGGACUAGAGGAUCCCACCCUCCCAUACGUGGACUAUUAUACGCUGGGUAUUUAUCUGAUAUUCGGGAUUGUAGUUUUGUGGACUCUUGUGCUUUAAGUUGGAUAGCAAACACCUUUAUAAAGAGAACAGUGCUCUUGUGACUUUAGGAAAAGGGAUAUUAAAUAUAUUGAUUUGCGCUCUGUGUAGUAAGUGUAAAAGUCACUGAGGUUAUUAUCGAAAACUCUGUUUUCAUAAAAAAACGUCUAGUUUUCA